GGUAUACGGACGAAUCCGUGGCUUUAUGGUGAUAGCCUGUCACGAAGUGGUGGCUCAUUCCGUGGUGAAGCCCAUUCGUUGGAUCGACGUUGCCUGCCACCAACAUUGCUGGGUGUGAAAAGUCUGGAUGAAAGCACAUGCAGCUCCGGUUAUGGCAGUCAGGAUUGCAGCCCUGAUUCAUCCGUACAUUUGACGUCAUGGCAAACAGCUACCAGCCCAUACACUGACGAACCACUUGAUGAAGGUUGCUAUUUGGAAGAAACGUCGUCAUUUUCUACCUACGACAAUGUCUGCGACGAAGAUCAACAUAUCUAUCAUGAACUUGAACUCUGUUGCCGUGUUCCGGAGCGUAGCUACAGCUCUGAGCAACUGUCAAGUUUGGAUGAUUCCCGCUCGAGUUCACCCAUCUAUGCUUGCCCUGAAUCACCCAUCUACGCACAGCCAUGGACCAACUAUGACCUGCUACCCGAACGUCGUGCCCCGAACAUCGUUCUGGCUUCAGAACGUAAUCCUACCACUAAGCCACUCGUCGUACGGAACCAGUCCUUCAGGCGUAUCUUACCCAAGACACCUGACGAAUAUGCGACACCGUAUGCUGUCUCUUCACCGAUUUCCCAGCAACUUGAACGGACAAACUCCCUCGUCUAUCCGGGAUCGUACUUCUCACGAGUUGUCAAUGCCAACAAAGCAAAUCAGACUACAUUCGAUGAAGCGGCGCUUUCCAGAGUGGGAAAGCCGGCCACGAUGGAGGAAUGUGAGGAGGAGUUUUUGACUGAACUCGAUGCACAAAUUGCUGAAUUGCAGCUACGUUCCGACGAGCUUCGUUCAAUCGUCGAAAAAGCCCGUCUGAGACGAAAUGCCAACUGGCUGCGACCACCGAUGGAGUGCACUUUUGAGUUGUCUAUCUAG